UUGAGUAACGUGGUCUAGCUAAUUUCGCACUCGAAAUAACUGAAAAACCCCUAAUAAAAAUCAUCAUGAAUCAUUCGGGGGUCCACAAAAAGAAGCCAAGGAUUCGGAAUCGUCAGAGGAACAAGAUUAACCAGGUGCAUCAAGAGCAACAGGAAUCGCUGGAUGGCAAUGCUAUCCCGGUGAAGACAGCUACCAAAAGAGAUGACUGUCAAGUGGAAAACCAGCUUACAAGUGCCCGUACUCAGGCUAAAAGUCCUCCAAAAAGUGGAAAGUCACAGGUGGAAAAUUCAAGCAAGAAAGAUCAGGCGGAAAACCCACAAGAGAAUGAAACCAUCAGGCUAAUACAGCAAUUGUUACGUAGAAAAUUAUUGGCCAAAAAUAAUUCUAGCCCAACUAGUGAAGUGAAAUCAGUUAAUGAACAACCUAAAAUAGUUACCCAACCAAAGGAAAUCAAAGCUGAAGAAAAGAAACCAAAGAUUUCCAGUGCUUCAGAAGCUCCUAAAAUUUCUGCAGAAUCUAAGACAUCAGGAAAACCUUCAAGGGAUACGAAGGCAGAUGAAAUGGAAGAUCUGCUUAAAUGUCUGGGAAGCAAAUUGCAAAUGGGAGCUGGAGAAUCCCCAGCAGCGGCGCUUAUCAGCAAUCUUGGAAAGCUUUUCAGCCAAGCGCCGCCAAGCGAUGUAGAGUCAUCCGAUGAAGAAGCAGAGGAGUAUGUGGAGUACAUCUAUAAGCCAAGGCAAUACUUUAUGGCCUCUUUGUGUAAUUUCUGUAAGUCGGAUCUGUGUGGCCAAAAUCGGAUACCAUGUUCCCGUUGCGGCCUGAGCUAUUACUGCAGCGGUGGCCACAUGAAAGACGACCAGGAGCACCGGCAGCUGUGCUACGCUCUGCGACAAACGGUUGACCGAAAUGGUCACGAGAUGUUCUACAAGUGCGGCGACUUCAGUGGCGAGCAGUUCCGUUCCUUUCGGAUCGUGUGCAUUCGCCAGGUGGAGAAGGAGAUAAAUCGACAGCUCUCCGCCACGGAACAGGAAUUGCUUCUCUUUCCGAUGAUCUGUGGCGAGUCCAAGUGCCGGGAGCAUCGCUUCAAGCGUUUGUCCAUAUGUGGAGGAUGUGGCGAGGUGGCAUUCUGUAAAGAUAAACCGGAGCAUCGCAGCAAGGAGCAUGCCAAGUGGUGUGGCGCCUAUCAACUUUUCAAGGCUUUUAUCAUGUUUCAGGCGAAAUUCGGAAGACUUGAGCCCUCACUGCCCAAUAAGGUUCUUAGAGAGCUGCCCAUGGCUUGCUCCAACACCAAGCAGAUGAUGAAGAAACUUAAUUUCAAUGUUACUAAUGAGUGCGAGUACGCAGCGCUGACCCAGGUAUCCACAGGCCCAUUGACGGCCUGGUUUGCCCUGAAGCUCUGCGAGCGUGUAAGGAACUGCGAGGAGUUGACUCUUCAUUUGAUUGGAGCAGAGAUUGAAUUCGAGGUGGAUAUAUUACAAAAGUGGGAGCUCUUCCUGCUUCACAUAAUGCCAAAUGUGAAGACCCUAAAUGUGGUCUUCAUUGGUCCGGAACUUAAUCCCAAUAAUAUAUCUUUCGAACAGCUAAAGAAAAUCAAGUGCUGCCGUUUGUGUAGGAAAACCCAGAGAACUGUGAAUUAUCAUUUUGAGAAUGGAUUGUAUCAUGAUUACUGCAAAGAACAGCAUUUUCUUCAGCCGAAUUUGGUUUGCUUUUUCAACUCUGGCCUUUAUCGAUCAACUGGAUUUGCACUGGAGGAUACUUGGCCAGAUACCAUUCAGGCUGCACUGAACCUCAAGUGCCCCAUUGUGGUGACCUCUUAUACGAAGUACGAGGCUCCUCUAGACAUGGUGCACUUCAUCAAUCAAUCGAAUCGCCAUUUAAAUGUCGUUUUGCCACCGACCACAAAUCCAUUUUCUUCCGAGAAGCCAGAACGCAAUUUCAUAUCAGACAAUGAAGCCCCUUUUAUGUUUAAGAACUUUUAUUGUUUCGUUGUGGAGUAAUUGGUCGACCAAUAAAAGAGUGGUUGGGUUUUAAAUUUAA